GUUUAUAAGCUCAAAAGUCACUCAGAGACGUUUUAGUAAAACGUUUUGUGCGAGUUUUUCUUUCUUUCUUUCUUGUCUAUCUCCGUUAAACAAUCUAUUAUUGUAAAUCAAUGUCUGAUCAAGAGAGUGAUGAUCAAAUGGAUGAUCAGCCGAGUGUACCAGAUCAAAAAGUAAAUCAUAGGAAAUCGGCUGGAUGUUGUCAAAAUUAUGGGAAUGCAAUAACUCAUGGAUUGUUUCGAAAGAAACGUCAUGAAAGAGAUAUUAAGCAGGUAUUGAAUAUUGGGUCUGGUGGACAUUUAUCACUAUUCAAAUUGGUACUUCAUGGUUUAGUAUCUAUGUUGGAUGGAGGUAUUUACAUGUAUGCCGGUAUCGUUAUUAGCAGACGUACUGGACCCGGUGCAUUUUUCGCCUUUCUGUUAGCCAGUUUAGUGGCUUUGCUUAAUGCUAUAAACUAUUCAGAAUUGGCUUGCCGUUUCCCAAAAGAUAAUUCUUGCUAUUCAUUCACUUAUAUCAUUUUGGGAGAACUUCCUGCUUUCAUAAUUGGAUGGUCACUGAUAAUGGAUUACAUACUGACUAUUGCAGUUAGUAUGCGUAGUUGGAGUAAUAUACUUAACACGCUUACUGGAGAUAGAAUAAGCGCUUUCAUAACACAAUUUAUUGGAAGGCUAUACUCUCCAAACGGAUUGUUAUCAGAAUAUCCAGAUAUUGUCAGUGCAUUACUAACUAUCAUCUUAACUAUCAUCUGCUGCUUUAUAUGGCGUAGAGCUUCAAAAGUAAAGAUAGUUUCCACUGUUCUAAAUGUCACAGUCGUAUUGGUAACAAUUGUCUACAUGUUUAUGUUUGCUAAAGUUGAACACUUGUAUACUCUUUCGCCGAAUAUCACUUCAGUCGACAUAAGAUCAACAAGAGCUAACAUUCUACCCUACGGAAUUUUAGGCUUAUUAAGUGGAACAGCUGUUUGCUUCAAUGUUUUCAUUGGAUCACAUGCAAUUUCAUCACGUGCACAAGAGGCUAAACAACCAAAUUAUAGUUUAGCAAUAGCUAAUUUAAUUGCUACAUUUCUUGUUGGUCUUAUAACUGCUGCAGUCGCCUUAGCCUUAUCCAUGUACUAUCCAUGGUUUUAUAUACCAUCUGAGAGUGCAUUUUUAACUGCUAUAGCAAGAAGAAAAUUAGAAAAUCCUUGGAAUAUAAUUAGAACUGUGAUGUUCUUCUUUUUUGGUAUUGGAACAUUAAUUGGAUUAAUUGCUUCUGUGGCAGGACCAAUGGUAUCAGCUAUAAAAAUUUGUUGUUCAAUGAUUCGAGAUGGACUUUUACCUCAAGAUAUUUCUCAAAACUGUAAAUCACACAAGACGCCUUUUAUUACUAUUGCAAUCUUUGCUGUUAUAGCAGCAGCAUUCAGUUUAAUAUUUACUGUGGACAGUUUAUCUGAUUUCCUGAAUUUAGGCACAUUAAUUGCCUAUAGUGUAAAUGCACUCAGUGUUAUAUGCCUACGCUAUAGACACCAGUCAGAUAAUCCUCAGCACUCUUGUAAAUCUAAUCAUCUUAGAGGAGGCAGUGGUAAAACAAAUGAGACUACAGAAGAGGAAAAAUAUUACAGGAAACGUGUCGGUAAACCAGGAUUUAUAAAGCGUGCAUUUGGUAAGAAUCUGCCGGACAAAACACUACAAGUUAUCAACUCAGGUGUUCCUGGUGAUGUGGUUGUUGUCGCCGUGUCAGUUUACAUUGUACUCAGUGGUUUGCUUGUUUUGUGUUUAGUUGAUAGAAGAUUGGAUUCGAUGGAAUUUGCACCAUGGAGGAUGAUUGCUAUUGUACUACUUCUGAUUUUAUUAAUAUCUUGUUUAAUGUGCGCAAGCAUUAUUCAACAAUACGGAUCACCGGACAAGGAUUUAUAUCGAGUUCCACUUGUUCCAUGGAUUCCUUGCCUUACAAUAACCAUAAACUUCUUACUUAUAUCUCAAGUCUCCUGGUUUUCAUGGGCACGUUUUGCUGUCUGGGUGUUUAUUGGUAUAAUAUUUUACUUUGUAUACAGUGUGGUAAAUACCUAUCGCCUUGCUGGAGAAAAUGACAGUCUACCUUCAUCGAGUUGUCUAAGUGAUAUAGAAUAUGAAACUAGAUCUUCAAAGAGUAAUAGUUCUGAGGAUGGAUCAUUUCGUUAUUGAACAAGGUGUUGAAAAAAGGAAAUUAAACUAACAUAUACGUUUGUUAUUCAGUACAACAACACCUUUUUCUUCUUUCAAUAUGCUUAAAUAUCACUUUUCAUGACUGUUAGUCAGUUAGUUAGUUAGUUGGUUGCAUGGUUGGUUGGUUGGUUGGUUACAAAUUACUAAGAACACUUUCACAUUUCCAUUGUCAUACUUCUGAUAAGACAAAAUCUCUGAAUAUUUGUUUUGAUUAACUGCUCACAUGACGUCACAGUGGUUCUCUAUUAUUUUAUUAUCUUUUUUCAUAAAAGUUAAAUAUUUUUGAGUGACUUCCAAUAUUUCAUUGUGAUGCUUAACAAUUGAAUCAUCACGGAGUGAUUAUUGUCUUUGAUAAAAAUGAAUAAUUACUGAAC